UGGCCGCGACGAAGGAGGAAAAAUAAAGUGAGGUGCCAAAGGUCACAACCGAUGUGAUCGUAACGGGUAACGAACCAACGAUGAUUGGAAGAUUGGAGUGUUCAGUAGAUAGCAGACAUAAUGAUGUUCAUGAACUUACCAGCAACUGGAAGAUUCAAGACUCAUCUGGGCUCAGUAGGCUGCAAGAUGUUAAAGCGCAUCUGCUCACCCGGCCCCCUUUGGUUUCCUCACAAACACUUGAAAAGACUUAUAUUUUCUUGGACAUCUUUGGAUACCAUGAAUAAGACUCCUUACAGUGUGGUACAUCCUGGUCGGGUCUCCCCAGUGCUGUCAGUGCCGUCGCAUAUACAAAGACCUCCGUAUGUGACAGAGAAAAAAUACCCCACCCUGUCCGAGAUUGAAGUGAAGAGUAAAGAGCAGGUCGAAGGAAUGCGACAUGCCUGUCGGAUGGCACGGACUGUUUUAAAUACUGCAGCAUCUCAUCUCAAGAUUGGCAUAACAACUGAUGAAAUAGAUAAAAUUGUCCAUCAGACAUGUACUAACAACAACUGUUACCCCUCACCUUUACAAUACAAGGGAUUUCCAAAGUCUGUGUGUACAUCUGUCAACAAUGUGGCCGUCCAUGGCAUUCCAGACGACAGGGCACUGAAGGAUGGGGAUGUCAUUAACAUAGAUGUCACGGUUUACACUGGAGGUUUCCACGGUGACUGCUCUGAAACCUACACUGUUGGUGAGGUGGACAAAAGAGGUCGGGACCUGAUUAGAUUGACGAAGUACUGUAGGGACGAGGCAAUCAAACUGUGUGGACCAGGAGUUGAUUUUGCUGAGAUUGGAAAUGAAAUAAGUAAGAUUUUAAGAGGUGGUAACAAGUUUGCAGUCAUGCCAAAUCUGUGUGGGCAUGGAAUAGGAAGUUACUUCCAUGGACCUCCUGAUGUCAUUCACUGUGCAUAUACCCCAGAGAAAAAACAAGUCAUGGCACCAGGAAUGACAUUCACUAUAGAACCAUGUCUUUCAGAAGGUGCUGAUACGUACAAAAUUUUGGACGAUGGUUGGACAGCUGUGACAGUCGAUGACAGCCGGACUGCACAGUUUGAACAUACUGUGUUGAUAACAUUAACUGGAGUCGAGGUAUUGACCUGAUCGAGUUGAUUAUCAAUACUAGUGUUCUCGGGAAUUAUUCAAGCUGUUGAGGGCUAUAACUGGCUUUGCCCUGCAAAAUAUCCCGAAUAGAGGGAAGAUACUGGCUUCGCCCUACACGAGUUCUUAAAUAGAGGGAAGGUUCAAAGGCAAAUGCUAUAUUUUUCUCAGUCAGACAGUUGAAUAUCUAGUGUCGAGAACCUGCGAGGCGGAACCUUCUACAAUGACAUCUUAUGUGUGCUUGGUAGGCCUUGUAGGUGAGAAGGUUGUGAUAGUAAUCAAUAUGAUUACAGAA